AUGGCUUGGAGGAUCUCAUCUAAUCCUGAUUCUGAUGUCACUAAACUUUUACAGGCUAAAUAUUACUCGGGUUGUGAUUUUUGGACUUGUGAUGCUAAAAAGAGAUGCUCUGCUAGUUGGAGAAGCAUUCUCAAAGGGAUGGAUGCUAUUAAAGAAUGCCUUAGAUGGAACAUAGAGGAUGGAUCAAAUGUAGAUCUGUGGAAUGAUGCUUGGUUUUAUAAUUUGCCUUUAUCUUCUAUUGUUGUUGAGAAUAAUGUCGAGUUACCGAAUUUGAAGGUGGCAGAAGAUAUUAAGGCGGUGCCAAUUAAUGGUAGUGAAGGGACAAAAGACCAACUCAUUUGGUCUGAAGGUAAAAGCGGAGGUGUCACUGUUAAAGAGUGUACGGAGCUCGCCGAAGUAACAAGGGUCGAGAUAUCUUUCGACAACUUGUUGAAGUGA